UAAGGGAAUCGUUGCAUUUAUUCAAAAUACAUCUCUCAAUCGCUCGAUCGAGUACUAUUAACAGCAUCGUUUCUACUUGACAGCUUUCUUUAUUAUGCAAGAACUGUUUAAGCAACUCUAGGAGCUACUAUCAAGAUGACCAGUCAAUUACAGGCGACGAGUUAUAAAUAUAAGCAUAAAUGGUUAAAAUUGAUCCAAGUUUAUCAGUCAAUAAUCGAUAAAUUAGAAGACAAACAUGAUGACCUUUAUCCAGAUGAAUGUAUUGAUCUUCUACAGUUUGGUUCAAGAAUCGAGAUAUUUUCUGCUGUCAGGCAUAAAAUUGCUGCCUGUAGUAGAAAAUGGAUGAAAGAGUUUAUACGACAAGGCGGUUUAGGUUAUCUCCUUGAUGCAUUGGAGGAUCUUACUGAUAAACGACGUAGUUAUAACUUAAGUGAAACAUGUGAAAUACUACAAUGUGCCUCGUGUGUAAAAACUGUCGUGAAUUCAAAACAUGGCUUGGAAGCACUGGUUGAGAGAAAGGAAUCUGUUCAAAAAUUGGCUAGAGCUCUUGAUACGAACAAUGUGAUGUUGAAAAAGCAAGUGUUCGAACUUCUUUCUGCUUUAUGUGUUUAUUCGGAGUUAGGAUACAAAAUGGCAAUCGAUGCUUUAACUCACUAUAAGUCUACUAAAGGCCAACGGUAUCGUUUCAGUAUUAUCAUUAACGAACUGAAGAACGCCGAAAGCAAUACUUACAAAACCACGUGUCUUGCAUUUAUAAAUUCUAUCAUCAUUGGUAGUGAAGAAUUUGACGAAAGAGUUCGCAUAAGAAAUGAAUUUGUUGGUUUGCAACUUCUGGAUAUCUUAAACGAAAUACGUCAUACAGAUGACAAUGAAUUACAAAUACAGUUGGAUGUUUUUGAAGAUGAGCGCUUGAAAGAUGAAGAUGAUUUUUCAACGCCUGAAGGAAUUGAUGUCAACAAUCAUUCGGAUGUAUUUCAUAGCUUGCUGAAGCAGAUAAGUAAUAAACCAUAUGCCACGAAUUUUUUGCACAUUUUGCAAAGUCUUCUGGCCAUCACAGAAGAGGACAGUUUGGUGGAUGUUGUUUGGGAAACAAUUGAAAAGUUUGUGAAGCGUUGCUCAAACAUGAAACGUCGAGAGCAAAGUGGUUUUUUGCUCAGUUCUGAGUUAGACCUACUAAAAUCCAUGAUUUCAAGGUUAUCACAGGAAGAAAAAAGUGGCAAGGCAGCUGCUCCUCCAGUCCCUUCACCUCCGCCUCCUCCUCCUUGUCCCGGAUCUACAACACCUCCACCUCUUCCAUUAUCAAGUUCAACCAUUCCACCUCCUCCACCAUUACCAGGAUCAGCAGCUGGUCCACCACCUCCUCCACCAUUACCAGGAUCAGCUGCUGGUCCACCACCUCCUCCACCAUUACCAGGAUCAGCUGCUGGUCCACCACCACCUCCACCAUUACCUGGAUCAGCUUGUCCUCCACCACCUCCACCACUACCAGGCUUUAACCGAGUUGGUACAACUGGAACUCCAGUUCCACCUCCCUUUUUGUCUGGGUCAAUAAGCACUCCAAAAUGUCAGAGCCCAGGAACACCCAUAACACCAUAUACGUCUAUAUUUCCGUCCGUCAAAGCAAAGAGCAAAAUGAGAAAAUUCCAGUGGGUGAAAAUUCCUCCAAACAUUGUAUCGAAAAACCAAAACUGCGUUUGGAUGAAGGUUUGGAACUGUCCUCCUUUACAAGCAGAUUUUGAACAGGAGGAAGAGCUCUUCAAGCAAAAACAAAUUGCAAAUAAAAAGAAAUCAGAACAGAAAAAGGAAAAAACUGAGAUCACAUUCUUGGACGCAAAACAAAGCUUGAAUAUUAAUAUUUUCUUGAAACAUUUUAAAAUGCCUGUUGAUACAAUAGUGCUUGCUAUCAAAGAAUCAAAUGUUGAAAAGUUUGAUAUUGAGGAUUUAAAAAGCCUGCUAAAAUUUGUUCCUGACAAGACCAUAGUGCAAAUGUUGAAGGAUUUCAACGACGAUAAACAAAAGUUAGGAGCAGCUGAACGAUUUUUACAUGGUUAUAUAUCGGUUCCACACUACGAAACUCGUGUAACAUGCAUGUUGAUAAAAUCUGAGUUUCGUGAAGCCAUGCAAAUAAUUAAACCUGGUCUCAGUUCAUUGUUGCAGGCAACUGAAGAUAUUUUGAAGUCCGAUGUUCUUCCUGAAGUUUUACAAGUUAUAUUGACAUUAGGAAAUUUUCUGAAUGGGGACAGCCAUGCAGGAAAUGCGAUUGCUUUCAAAAUCAGCUCUUUGCUAAAACUUUCUGAUACCAAAGCUAAUAAACCUCGUAUGAAUUUUAUGCACUUUUUGGUUGAGGUAGCCGAAGCCAAACGUGCUAAAGUAUUAUCAUUUCCUAAAGCAAUGACUCAUCUUGAUAUGGCAUCAAAAGUUUCCAUCGAGUCUUUAUCUAGUGACGUUCGAGAAUGGAAUGAAAAAAUUAAUCGCGUCCGUAAGAAUGUGAACAAAGCGGAUGAUGACCUCAAAAAUCAAAUGAAAAGCUUUUUGAAGGAUUGUUCUCAAGAAAUCGAUGAGCUUCAGGAAAAAAUAAAAACGGUUCAUAAAGUUACAAAAGAACUGACUUUGUAUCUUUGUGAAGAUGAAAGCAAGAUUAAACUCGACGACAUUUUACAGAUUUUCAAAACGUUUUGCCUUAAUUUGAAUCAAGCUGCCGAGGAUAAUGAAAAACGACGUAUACUCGAAGCGAAAAAAGCCAAAGCGGAGAAAGUGAAAAAGAAUGAUAAGAAAAGAAAAGAUGGCGUUAGGACUACUUUAACAUUCAAAGAAGACGAGUGUAUUGUUGACAAGCUUCUUUCUGAAAUCCGAGAGGGAUUUCCUUUGAAGAAACGAAUGAAAACGAGUGGCGAAGAACGCAGCACGAAAGGAAAGAAGAAUGAAGACGUUAAUGAAGAUAAUGCAUCUGGAUCAAACGUCAUCAAGUGAUGAGAAGAUCAUUAAUUAGUUGCAGUAGCUAAGUUUAAAAUUUAUUUAUUUGAACCAAAAAUGAGCGAGGAAUCUUGCUGAGGUAGUUGCUUUGAAACAGACUUGUUUUGCAAAAAACUAAAUCUUGUUCUGCUAAGGACUUUUCUAGUGAAAAUUGCUUGCAAUGAAAAUUUUGUAUAAAUUGAUUUUUUUGUAUUGGAUUACAAACUGUGAAUAGUAAUGAUAAUGUGGAACUGAAACAAAGAAUAAAUAAAUUCUUUAUAUUAAACUUCAUCCUGAAUAAGUAGGAGCUUUGGUACUGUUUUUGUCUAGUAAAAUUCACUAGCUUUAGUAAGAUGUAAAAUAAUUUUAUGACCAAUAAAAACAGGUGUGACGGGA